AUGAAGUUUGUAGCCAGGAUGAAACGACGCCUGCGGCGACAGCGAGUCACAACCAAAGAUCAGGAUAAUACACCGCAACGCCGACCAAGAAAGGCCUUCCCUGCCGGGCUCAAACUGCUAUACAGCCCAGAUGAUGGGACAAUAGACAUCAUCUUUCUCCACGGCCUGACCGGCGAUCGUGAUGCGACAUGGACCGCCCGUGGAGCGACCGAACCCUGGCCCAAAACCCUCCUCCCAACCAUGCUUCCGACAGCCCGCGUCCUUACUUUUGGAUACGACGCGUAUGUGGCUGACUGGCGAGGUGUAGUGUCGCAAAGUCUUAUCGCCAACCAUGCGUGGAAUCUGCUUACAUCUCUUUCAUCGUACCGAGAGAACGACGGCACGAAUGAACGACCGAUCAUAUUUGUCUGCCAUAGCUUAGGGGGACUGGUCUGCGAGGAUGCCUUGUUCACGUCGAGACAACGACCGGAACCACAUCUCUACAAUAUUCUUCGUUCCACCCUCGGUAUUAUAUUUCUCGGCACACCGCACCACGGAGCGGGUCUUGCUAAAUGGGCCGAGGUCGUGUCCCGAUCAAUUGGCCUCGUCAAGCAGACGAAUCCCGAUAUCGUCGAUGUCCUCAGACGCGAUUCCGAGGUGCUUGCGCGGAUUCAAGACGGCUUUCACACAAUGGUCAAGUCGCGAAGCUUGGUAGAACCGCCGCCGAUUGAGGUCACUUGCUUCUACGAGGAGCUGCCCGUGCUUGGGUUUGGUUUAGUUGUGCCACAACAUUCGGCCAUCCUGCCGGGCUACAUCCCCAUCGGAAUCCACAGCAACCAUAUGGAUAUGACGAAGUUCACCAAUAUCGAUGACCCUGGGUUUGUGGCUGUUUGUGGAGAGCUGCGUCGGUGGAUUAGAGACACAGAUGCAAACAAGAAACGCUACACGAAUCCGUCACGUGUUGAGCAGCCUGGUCUUGCCAACCAGUACGGUGAUAAUAAUCGCCAGUAUAACCAGCUCGGUGAAGGGACGCAGAAAAUCGUCGACGGCCAUUAUUUUGAAGCGCAGGGGAAUCAGAAUUUCGGUAUGGUGCCGCCCAAGGAUUCUGCAGAGAGGAAGGUGGCAUAA